AUGGGGAAAGGAUGCAUCACAGUCACCAAGUACUUUCUAUUCCUCUUCAACCUCCUUUUCUUUGUAAGUAUCACAUCUUUUAAUCAAUAGUUAAGGUCAGUGGAUGUGUGAGAUCUACUUUGUCAGCGUCUCUGUUUACCUCAGAUACAAAGAUAGGUAAGCUAUGCUCCCUCAGCAGAAUCGGACACUUGUGGCUCAUUGAAAGCUGUCUGAUGCCUUUCAGCAGCAGUUUUUAUCCAAGCAAAUAACACCAGAGAUGAGUGCAGAUAUGGAAAUGUUCCCUAACUCUGCCGGGGGUGACAGACUUUACAGAGUAUCUCAGCACAGCCAGGUCUAAACAUCAGCAGAUGGUGUCUGCUCAUUUCCUCCUCUCUCACACCAUCCUCGACAUAAAGUCCAGGGCUUGAUAUUAUCCCCAGACUCUUAAAACUGACUCUGCAAGGAUGUCCAGACCUUUCCAAUGAGACCAGGGCUGUAAACCUGACGCAGACCUUUUGAUGUGAACACUCAACUGGUGUCUAAUCGGAAACGUGUGUGUGUGUGUCUGUGUGUUUGUCCGUGUGGACAGAUUAGACUGUAGCUAACGCUGGGGGGGACGCCAGGAAGUGGUGGGCUAAUAAUGGCUGCUGGGAGCAGAACAGUCCCUUAAAAUGAACAGCUCUUGAACCAGAACUUUAAUGACUGUUGUGAGGUUGAGGAGGUGUAGCAGUCCCAGGGGGGAAACUGGUAAAAGAGCCUCCCAUCUGCUGAUUUUUGCCCUCACCACUGUGGUGCCGUGCGACUUCUAAACAACGGCUCUCUUAAGAACACAGAAACUUUGCACGUCAUAACCUCAUAAAUUUGUGCAUCAGCUGAUCAGUUUGAGAGCGUUUCUGAUGCGAUGAACACAGUGUCCCCUUUUAGACAUCACUACUCUCAUUACUAACUGCUUUGAUCCAGUUUUCCUUAUCUCACUAUUCUCACGUUGCCGUUUGAAGGAGGAUGACUGAUAAAUCUGUGAAUAGAUUCGUCUAACUGAGUUGGUCUGAAGUUUCUCUUCACAUCUUCUUUCCAUCUGCUUAUAUCAGAGAGAGAGGAGACAAGCAGAAGAGUUUAAAGCUGAUUAAUCCCAGAUGUGACACUCUGAAGGAGCAAAGAGAAAACCCUCUGUGGAUUUUUUGUUUCACUCAUUGUUCAUUUUUCUUUUCUGCUCACCUCUUGUAGAUCUUCGGAGCGUUGAUCAUGGGCUUUGGCCUGUGGGUCCUCUUCGAUAACCAGAGCUUCAUCGCCGUUCUACGUAAGUGUUGCAACACUCGUGCAAACACAUACCCACAAUCCCUCUGCGCUGUCCUUGGUGAUAACGCUGACGUCAACAAACAUACAGCGUUUUGGCCGGUUCAGCUGGUCUGAGUGGAGUGGAAAUAAGAGACACAGAUUGGAAUGAAACUUCUGGCCUCCUCUGCAUGGUUUCUGUGGACUUUUUCAUUCCAGAGAAACCUCAAAAGGAUGUUCACACUGAAACGAACAUGUGACCCACAGAAAACUUCACUUCCUCAGCCAUUAAAAAGCCACAUUCAUUCAGACAAAUACUGAUAGACACAUUUGUGGACAUUUAGGGCAGAAGGUUAGCACCCCAGAUUUAUAUUCUCAUGACUGUUAAGGAGGCUAAAGUUGUUUUAUUUUGUGUUGGAAAAAUUGCAGCUUUAUUUCCCACUCAGUUUCCACAGAGCUGUACUUUGAACUCCCCAGAUGGCAGACGAUAGAAUCUCAGACCGGAACAGAUGUUGCAGCCGAUCUUUUCAGACACUACGUAGUGAAAAAGAAACCAACCCUCCAACUGGCAUUCUCCCGAGAGGCGCAGUUAUCAGCAGAGAGAUGUCACAGCAAACACCAUGUCUAAGCCAGGUUAUCUAAUGCACAGACACUCGAGAAAUGAUAAUGAAACCCAGUCCCGGUCUGGCCUGAACAGAACAGUGAACCAUGGGUGGAAAUUCUUAGUUGCCAUAAAUCUUGUUAUAAAAGCUUUCAGUGUAUUCAUCCCAGAUGGAGCGUUGCUGAAAGCAGAAGUUGGAGUUUUCCUCUGGAGUCAGCCUGCAAAGAGAAAACAGUUUCAAGUUAUUAUCUGGAAAUUUAUCACAUGUGUUGGAAGUCAAAGAUUGUGUUUUUUUCACUGCAACCCUGAUUCUCCCUCCCUGAAGAGGAUGAGCUUAAGAUAACAGAAGGAAAAAUAAAUAAACUUUGAGGGUUACUGAUGUCAUAAAAACAGAGAAGAAUCAACUUUUUCUGUUUUUAUUUGAUUGAUAAGUGACAUUGACUCUCACUGAGCUGAAAUAGGAUGUAACAGAGUCUAAAGCCUGAAGAUUAAAAUCACAAAUAGAAAGUUUAAAAUGAUCAUAGAGAGAGAAAAUCUUACUGCAGUCCAGUAUCGUGGAAAGAGAGUGUGUGAGUGUGUUUCUGAAAAACAGGAUGGAGGUACGCCCUCAACCAGAGCUGUGACCCAGCUGUAGAAGCCACAUAAUGGUGGUUUUUUAACAGACUACAAGUCCUUCAUUUAUACACGUGAUAACAUUUUAAUUUAGUUUUAAUAUAAUUCUGAAAAAAAUAUGCUUAAAGUUUGGAUCUUUCUGUUAUCAGUGCUUUCUUAUUUUUGAACCAAUACACUAAAUAAAUUUGCAGAUCAUUCCAUGUUGAGAAGUCUAAAUUAGUCUAAUUUUGAGCUCAAGUUAGGGGUCUGUGGCUAAAAGUUUUGUGCUGAAAAAAAAAAGCCAGUCUGUUGGGGUUUGGAUGAACUCCAGGAAUCUAUAUUUGGGCUGGAGCUGUGUACUGCUUUGACGAAUGACUUACGAAAAGGCUACGUCUGUGACAAACACCAUCCACAUCUGACCUUGUGCCCCUUAACUAGUUCAGCUAAGUCUUUUCUUCCUCCGGCUCAUAUAUCAGCUCUGGAGGUCACUCGCUGCUGGAGGAGGAAUCACCACAAGGUUAAUUUCGAGCAGGUUUUGCUUAUCUCCAAAACAUAAAUGCAGUACAGAAUCCAUCAUCCCUGCAGCUCCCAUUGUUAUGAUAAUCCAGCUGUUCCUCCAGAGAUAGUAGAGAUCCUGCUCCACUGAUACCCUGAGGAUAUCCCUUCCUCUAUAGGGCUUGAUGACCUUUUCUCUCCUCCGUGUAUUUUUGUUCCAUGUACCCAGAAUGGGUCAGCCAUGCCUUGAGCUAGAUUUAUAACCUUCAACACCCCUGAAGAAGAAGAACAAAAACCAAAGCUGCAGGGACCUGCUGUUUAUUGACUCUGUGUGUUCCCCUCAGAAGUUGUACCAGCGCUUGAUUAUAAACAGGAUCUGUGUGUUUUCAGUUUCCAUUCUUUAUGAGUUGUAUUAAUAGAGGCCGCUGCAGAUGUCCCAAAGACUUCAGGCAGGGGUUAGUUUUUAGAGUGUUUGGGUUUCGAAUCCUAUCUUCCCGUCAAUGAACACUCUCUGUAACAAUACAGUGCUGUUAAAUGUUAGCUCAGGGACAUGAUGCCUUGAGUUUAUCCUUCACAGCUUGCCUUAUGUUUAAACAAAAGUAAGCCUUGGAAGGAGGUCUGUGAACCAGAAGCAGAGUGAUCCAGAAACUUUCCAAAGUCACGAACAGAGAAAAUAAAUUCUGGUUCGGCAGCUAUAACAUAAAAAAAGAUGACAAAAAAAGUUAUUUUCAUGUAAACAUUUCAAAUCUUUACCUAUGUCUGUUUUCUCCAGUUGUAUACAAGACAAACAUGUGGCUGUGCUCAUGUUUACAGACUAGGGACCUGUGCGACCAAAUAGUCCCUCCUCCUUCUUCGGCAGCUCUCUGAAAGUGCACUCUAAUUCUUGCCUUUUUCAACGGAAAGUUCCAUGGAAACCACAGGAGGAACUAUUUUCAAACAUCUUGCAGAGACCUACAUGCACUGCAGAACGGUACAGAAACCGAGCGAACACAUGCUGACAGCAGAAAAAAGAAAAUGUUAGUGAGAAACCACAGGCCACAGAUGCCAUGUAGUAGUGCAGAUGUAGAGCACAUCUCUAUUACACCUGGUGGAGGGUCUGAGGGGAUAAACCAUUUUAGAUUUUUAAUUUUGAUUUAAGUUUGGUUGUGUAGAGUAGAAGGCCGAAAACUAUGAAACAUCGAGCGCUGGACGUGGGUUCAGCGGAAACUGUUCGAGGAAACGUCACGCAGCACUUAUACAACCUUAAACACCAGGGUGUGUUUUGUCACUGGAACAACUUUAACCAGUGGGCUGCAUGGAAACCCCCAACAAACAUUUAAUCCACUGUCUUUUCUACAUGUAAUGAUCAUAAAAACUCUCCCAAAAGUCCAGUAACUCUUUCAUGUGAUUUAGGUUAACACAAGUACAGUCAUAUUGUUUUACUGCACUCAGCGAAAAGUCUUGUUGUUUGUAAGGAAAUCAUGGUAUGCAGCAGAGAGAUGUUGCAUGCAAUCUCAGUGAAGCACGCACACUUGCGUCACUGCUGUCCCUUUGUCUUGAUGGUGAUCCGUGAUACUAUUUCACAGUUUGGUGCAUGCUUUGUGUGAAAGAUGUCAUUUUUUGUUUGUGCAGACAUGGUUUUAACGAUGUCACAACUGUUCACAGAUCUUGAAGAUAACUCCUGUUGUUUGAGGAGCCUGCAGACAGACAUCUGUUGCUUGUAAAUGAGCGUGUACUGUAUGUGUGUGUAUGUGAGGCAGACUGAAAUAACAGUGCCAGAUUUAGGACAUACAGUACACUCGUCUUUCUCUCUUUAAAUGCUACCUUGCAGCCACAUAAACACUCAGCAUAUGUUGACCAAAGUACUUCUAAGCUUUUAAUCAUUGUCAAACCGCCACAACAUGCGCUGCUCUGGUAACGCACACAUGUAGAGUCAGCCAUGGACACGCAUGUAAUGACGUCUUUGUACAAGUGUGUGUGUGGGUUUGGUGUCUAUAGUGACUGAGUACACUUGGUUGAAGUAAACCAACUGCAAUUUUCAGAAAGUGGUGUAUGUAAAUCUUCUGGUAUUAGACUUGUGGUCCAUAACCAGAAGUUGUUCAGUUUCCUGUUCUAUGAAAUAGAAAAGCAGCAAAGUCACUGGCAAUGGUGCAAUUAGAAAGUAAAUAUACACACGAUCUAAUGAUUUGUAAGAAGGUUUUCAGUCUAGAUUUUAAUCUUGUACAUCCUGUUUGUGUGUGUUUGUGUGUUAUGGUUUACUCUAAAGAACUGGGGCAUUGUAGGAAAAACACUCUGCUCCCCCCACACACAUUGUUCUAUUUAUCUUGGGGAUGAUGAAAGAGCCUGCAUCCUGUGAUAGUAAGUGUGUGUGUUUUAUCACGAGGAGAAUAAGGAGGUCUGCAAAGUAAGGUGAUGCUAUAUAAGGAAAUAUUUUAAAUAGCAACCAGCAACUUCACUUCAGUGUGUAAUGGAGUUUUACAUUCUGAAGUUGAAUUUGGAAACACCAUGUGAUAUGAAUAUUCAUUGUAGGGCUGGGCGAUAAACCAAAAAUUUACAGAUACCAAAAUAUACGACAAUAACUGACAUCUUUUUGCCCUGGUCAAUAUACACAUAUAUAUAUAUAUAUAUAUGUGUGUGUGUGUGUGUGUGUGUGUGUGUGUGUGUGUGUGUGUGUGUGUGUGUGUCAAAAAAUAAUUAAAUAAAAGUUAGUUUUGUACGUGUGUAGAUAGGCUUUGGUGUCAUGUCCCUUUAAGACCCUGGAGACGGGACUCCACCCCAUCCAGUCCGUAACAAAGUAGACAAAGUUAAUAUGGGAGGGGGUGAGCAGCUUGUGGAGUAGUUAUCGUCCAUUUAUCACUAUCAAGGUGAACUGCUCAGUAUAUUAUGUUGAUUUGAGGCCGUAUCGCCCAGCCCUAAUUCAUUGUGCAUUUGGCUGAGUGUUCACCACAUAUGGUAAUUGCUGUAUGAAGCAUCAGUGGCUACUAUAAUGGGCGAUUUGAAAUGACAGCACCCCUAAUUAGUUCUUUGGUUAGCAGGCCAAGAAGCAGCGUUGCAUUAUUAUCAUCAGCAGCAGUGGAAGAGCUGCUGGUUCUCCUCACAGUCUGGAUGGGAGGGAGUUAUCUGAUAGCUCCGGCUGCUUUGUGCUCGGCCCAGGAAUCUUGAAGAGUUGGAGCCAUUUCACAGAGCUCAGCUUCUGGCUUCAUCUGCAGACCAAGCUCUGACUCUCUGCCUCCAACCCAGAUACCUCCGCCACAUAAUGGCUCCAGUUUAUCUUCACUCCAGCCUUCCAAUCUUCCAUUUCAGUCCCUGCCUCCUGCUUCAUCUCCUCCUCCUGCUGCUGCUGCUGGAGCGCUUUCUUUCCACAUACUCAAGAGGGAAAUCAAUUAAUCUCUCUGCACAUUCACUUGUCUUGGUCCCACUCUCUGGUGGCCUAUUAAAAAAUAAUCUUUUGUGGGAAGAAAAGCACCAGAUUGUAUUCAGAGGGAACUGUGAAUCAUUUUUUGGUUUUCUGAGUUGAUCUGUAAGAAAAUGGUGAAGCGUAUGAAGGAGGUUGUCCUCUGAGCCGCCUUUGUUUGCAGGCAUACUCACUGUGGUUAGAGAAGACAAACGAGCAGAGACCAGGGCCCUGCUCCUGUUACUCCAUUACAAAAAUCCUGUGUGCCGCUUCAUUUUGCGUUCUAAGUUAUUUCUGUCCUGACUCGAGUUCAACCACCCAAAACACACCACAAUAAGUCCAAUGAGUCCUGACUGUAUUUUGUAUGUCUUUUUACAUCUGUUGUCUCCAGAGGAAUCAUCAGACACAGUGAAAGUGGCUUCCUACAUCCUCAUCGGAGUGGGCUCUCUGUCGAUGGCCAUGGGCUUCUUCGGCUGCAUAGGAGCCAUUUAUGAAAUCCGCUGUCUGCUGGGUCUGGUAAGCAGUUACAUCCACUUUAGAGCUACCAUGAAGAGUUUCUUAAUAGUUAUGAAAAAGACAGAAAAUUGUAUUGAUGAAUUUUCUUGAUAUCCAAAAGCAAACAAGACCACCUGGGGCUAAAAAAGACAAUUUUGCAUAGCGUGAUUUUUUUUUAAAUGCUUGAAAACAGUAUAAGGUGUCAGCCAAACAGCUCAAGAAAAACUUUGUCUUUACUGUGUCUACAUAAAGUAUUAACAGUAGGGCUGGGAUGAUAUACUUUUCUCCCAAUUCGAUUCUUCUACGAUUUUUUAGAUGCCAAUUCGAUUAAAAUUGUAAUUCUACGAUAUUGUCAAUUUUCUUGAUCUUUAGUCUGCAUUAUUAACACCAGUGAAACAGUUGAAUGAUUAUGAUUGUCUACUGACUAUUCCAGGAACCAUAUUUCCCCCAAAAAUACACAGAACAUGCAAGUCAGUUUUUAAGAUUUAUUCUUAAAUUUGAAAAAAAAAAUCUAUUUUUGAACAUUAAAAUUGAUUUAAAAAUUGUAAAACAAAAAAAUCGCAAUACUAAUGUGAAUCGAUUUUUUUCUCCCACCCCUAAUUAACAUUAAAUUAUAUAUUUGAAAAGCUAUUAGAUGAAUUUUUUUAAAAGGCAAAAUAAGCAACAACCACUCUGAUCAUAGGGGGCGCCAAAGCUGACACAAACUAAAAGUUCCUCACAGGAGCUUUAAUUCAGAGUGCUAAAAUAUUCUGGUUUGGCUUUGAGAAGCACACAUGGGGUUAACUGGCUCUAACCGACUGUUUGAUAAGCCCUUUAAAAGCCAAAUUAGCAAGUAAAACCUCAUGUUUGAUCUAACAUCUGACCACCAUCUGUCAGAUGACACAGAAAAUAAAGAGGCUUUAGUCUCUUCAAAAAAAAAAAAAAAAAGCAAAAACGUGUUAAGAUAAAAUCUGUUUGCUUGAGUGUCGCUCAUUUUUGCAGCAAUUAGAGCUACAAAAAUGUUAUGAUUAUCUUUGUCUUAAAACAUUCUCCAGAAUUCUCUGAGAUUCAAUGAUAAGCAUCUGUGACAGAUUCUUCCGGACGGCAGAGCCCUUUCUUAUUUCUGCUUAUGUGUCAAAGAAGGGCUCGCAGCAUGAGUGGAUUUGCAGAGCGGGGAGGGGGGCUGGUAAGAGGGGUGUAACGAGGAUAAAGACACUGAUAUGUAGGGGCUACAACAAGAGUGGGAACAGGCUCAUGACCUCUACAGUGUUAACCCUGCGUCGGGUUAACUGAAGAGCUGCUGUGACCUACUUCUCCCCAAGACAGUGACCAGCUGGCAGAGGAACCCCCACCCCACCCCCAGUCUCACACACACACAAUACCUUACUCUGAUGCCUACUGCACAUCCACGAGGCUGGAAGGAUCUGAAAAAACUCACAUUUUAUGAGGAUCAAAGACCCAAACUUACAGCUGCCUGACGCAAAUGAAAAUGACUCAGUGAGAAUAAACUAAAACAGCCGUGUGCCUCACAUUAAAUAAUUCUCUUUGUUUAAUUGUUCACACACACAAUCCAAGCUGUUUUAUAAUUAAAACACUCUAAUACUGACAGUACUCUGAGAAAAAAUUGAUCACCUUUCACCAAUGAUUGAAUUUGAUCACUAUUUCAUCACAGUGAUAAUUUUCUUUAUCUUCCACAGUACUUCACAUGCCUGCUGCUCAUCCUCAUCGCCCAGGUCACCGCUGGAGUUCUCAUUUACUUCCAGAGAGAUCGAGUAAGACACAGACUUUCUCCUUCUCGCUUCAACUUGUUUAGUUUUGCUUCUCAUUUUCUUUUUUUAACACCAACAUGUGUACUUUUAUUCUUAGUUUUCCCCUUUUUACUUUCUGUCCUGAUUUAUUCUGCUUACACCUGUUCACCCCUCCUUGUUACAUCCCUUUUAUCACAUCACCCAUCUUCUCACUAGUACACCUGAAGCACUCUUGUUUUUGUGCUUCCCGUUUACACCCCUUCGACUGUGCCCGGCCGCAUUACGCUGUACUUGUGAGGGAGCCCCCCUUGCAUUUUGUGGUUAGCACAUCUAAACAAAUGGAGAGUGACAAGGUGUUGGUUUUUGAGUGAUGGCAUAUGACGUUAGAUACUAGUACAAAAAAAAAUAGAUGUAAAACAGUUGGACUUAAAGGGAUGUGUGACCACAAAAAAGGAAGAUGAAAACAGGCCCAUAAACUGACACUUCCAUCUUUGUCUCAGUUCCUCCUGUGGGUGAUUUUGGUUUCUGUGUGUUUGAAGGAGAGAGAAAACCAAUAUGUGGUGAAUAAGUGUUGCUAGAGCUGCCGUCGAACAGAAUCUUAAGUGUCACACUUUACUAACUAAGACAGUAGUUAUCACCAAGGGGACAGAAAACAUUUCCUUCUGAAGUCUCUGAUGAAACAGUGCCCCCUACAGGCAGGAGCUCGAGCUUAGCAGAGUUGACUUUUCAAUGUUUUUGUCUUCACUCUGAGUUCAGAGAGAAAAUACUGCUGUAAGUAAUAAUCUAAGUAAUACAUGAGACAGACAGACAGAAGGGAAAAUAAAAAAGGCCUCGAGGUGAACUUGAGUCAGUCACAGUAAAGUUUGGGCAGAGAACUAGUUGAACUGGUCUUAAAAAAAACAUUUCAUAACUUCUUGGAGACAAGCUGAAUUUUAAUAUUUUAUGUAAACUGAACUUUGGGUCAAAACUGUGUCACAAAAAACUCCCCUAAUUUUUUUUACUACAUAAAAGUUUAAAAACUAAAUUAUCGGAUCAGAACAUCUUUUUACCAGAGCCAAAACAACUGGCAGAUUUUGAGAUCUGAGGGCGUCACAAGAUCGCUUUUGAAACACUUAAUUGACCUUUUUCAACUCUUUCUGACCCAAAUAUGAAGUUUAAAAUCCAGAGAAGAGUUGACAGGUUUAUAACUAACAAAGAGCGGAUUUAGAGGUCAAACAGGAAUAUUCAAUUCAAACAAAUCUGAGUCAGAGUCAAAUGAAUCUGUUUUUCUUUAUUAAAUAUGGGAUUGAAUCAGUGGACACACUUUAUUAAAGGCACAGUGAGAGAGUUUUGAAUAAGUGGAGAAACAGGCUAAAAUGGACGCCUCUUUAUGGCAUUUAAAUGCAAAUAAAACCGUCAUAUUUUUCAGUUGAUGCCUGUAAUUUCUGUGAGGGGGUAGGUGUCGGACAAGGUGGUUGAUAGCAAGCUGAAAUAACUGCCUUUUUCACUGUUUCCAUGGCGAAUACUCAGAGUGGGUGAUGCAUUUCACUUUUUGAGGUUUUUGUGUGAAAAGACAACUUCUUAUGUAACAGGACUAGACAUAAGCGUUAUUCUGUCACAAACUAAAAGAUCUUUCUGUGUGUUCAUGGAGCAGGAUUGUUGUGUUUGGACUCAUCAACCUCUAGGACCGGUUUGAUACUCUGAACAUAUUUGUACCCUCCUGGAGAAUAAUGAAACCUGUUCCCUUGAUAAUAUCACAUCUGAAGGACUCAGGAUAGGUGGAGGCUGUUGUUGCCCUUUUAACAGUUAGCCCUGCAGCAUUUUGUACGUGUGCUCAUGUGUGUUUUUGAUGUGCCUCUGUGCAUGUGUAUGUACUCUGCAGCUUGUAGACGUGCUCCCUGUGUUUAAGGCUCACCACAGAGCAGGGUGGUGCCCUUUCCCAGAAUAGGGUGAGGCUCUCAUUCAUCUCCUGGGCAGCUCUCAAGAUGCAUCGCUGCAGCAGCGGCAGCUCUGUGGUCAUUAUACAUAUAAACACAGAGACAUGCUGCUGUUAGCCUGUAUUUGUACAGUGUUUUAGCAAAGCCUGCUGAGACCUCAAAGGCCACUACCACCUCAAGUGUUCCCUUCUGAAAUAAAUCCUCUAAACAUGAAGUUCAGAUGGUGAGUGUAAACUAGACAAAGGCUUAGUGAGGCAGGGUGUAUGUUUGUUUUAUCUCUACCCAGCAACAUAGAUUGAUUUCCAUAAAGACAGGCUAUUAACUUAUUUUUAGAUUGGAAACAAACAUACACCUUCUCAGAAAAUAUGCAAAGCUACCGGCGGUAUUUCUAUCAGCUGUUUCCACAUGUAAACGAGAAAUCAACACCAGUGUCACGCAUGAAAGCUUGCUCUGUUGAUCAUGUCCUCUUUGUCUCUUACAGUUGAAAUAUGAGAUGUCCAACAUCAUAAAGGGCAUGAUAAUCAACUACACCGGCGAGAACAGAACCACAGAGCACACCUGGGACUACAUUCAGAGAACGGUGAGUGGAGACACACAGACGUGUAAUAUAACCUGUCUUAACUGAAAACAACUGUGCAUAAAUGUUGUCUCUUGUAAUAAAGGAACAUUGCCAUCAGAGUAGAAAACAAACAUACAGCACACAGACAGCAGCAGGUUACUGCUGCUCGCUGUUAUCCAAAGUCACUCUCACUGCCGUGUCAGUGUGUCUAUUUUUAGGGUGGGUGUCUCUGGUGUAAAGUUCAAAGACCUCAAACUCUACACACAUUUUCUUUUCAUUGGCUGACAGAAGUCUGCAGCUGUGUUGACAGGGUCAGAAAAGUGACAGGAAUAAUAAAGCUUUCCAGAAACAGGAGGCUUAUGCACAUCUUUUGGAAUACCCCUACAAAAAUAUUUUUACAUCAUUGUAUUUAACUAAAUAAAAAAGGUCUCUUUAUCAAAAACAAGUUUGACUUAAAUCAACUGUUUUAAACCGACAUGAUCCAUAUCUGAGCAGCAUAUCACAGAUAUUCAUGAAUGGUAUAGUAAGAUAUGACUUUAUGACUCUUCAACAUUUAGCUCCUCGAGCUCACUCAUUCAUACAUUCCUCCCUCAUAUCAAUAUUAUGAUAGUUUCACUUUUUGAAAAUGUUUGCACCCCGUGUGGUCAAAGCAGUCCUUGCUUAUCAUGUUCACUACAAAAUACACUGAACAGCCACUUUAUUAGGUACACCUUUCUAGUACCAGGUUAGACCAUCUUUUGUCUUCAGACAAGGUGUUGGAAUUAUUCUUCAGAGAUUUUUGAUGUUUUUACAUCCAUGAUGCAAAUCUCCCAUUCCAGCACAUCCUAAAGGUGCUCUACUGGAUUGAGAUCUGGUGACUGUAGAGGCCACUGGAGUACAGUGAACACGUCCUAUUUAAGAAAUCAGUUUGAGGUGACAUGGGCUUUGUGACAUGAUCCUGCUGGAAGUGGACAUCAGAAUAUAGGUACACUGUGGUCAUAAAGGGAUGGACAUGAUCAGCAUAAGUACCCAGGUAGGCUGUGGGGUUUAAACAGUGCUCAGUUGGUACUACGGGGCCCAAAGUGUGCCAAGAAAAUAUCCCCACACCAUCACAGCACCGGCAGCAGCCUGAAUCGUUAAUAUAAAACCGGAUGGAUUUAUGCGUUUAUGUUGUUUAUGCCAAAUUCUGACCCACCAUCUGAAUGUGUCAGCUGAAACAUUUUUUCUUCAGCUUCUUGUUUCUCGCUGUAGUCCAUCUGCUUCAAGAGUUGACAUGUCGUGCGUUCAGAGACAGUAUUCUGCAUAUCUAAGUUGAAACGGGUGGUUAUUUGACUUCCUGUUGCCUUUCUGUCACGUCAAACCAGUCUGCCCGUUCUCCUCUGACCUCUAACAUCAACAAGGCAUUUUCGUCCACACAAAUGCUGCACACUGGAUUUUUUCUCUAUUUUCGACCAUUCUCUAUAAACCCUUGAAAUGGUUGUUCGUGAAAAUCCCAGUAGAUCAGCAGUUUCUGAAAUACUCAGACCAGCCUGUCUGGCACCAACAACCAUGCCACGUUCAAAGUCACUGAAAUCCCCUUUCUUCAACAUUUUGAUGCGCGGUUUGAACUUUGAUGCAAGUCAUUUUGACCCCCUCUACUUGCCUACAUGCAUGGAUAGUCUUUGUAUUUAUUAUGUUUUAUUGUGUCCUUUAUCUGUAGUAUUUUUGACUCUUUAUUAUGGUAUAUUUUAUUGUAGAGCACUUUGGAAACCUUAGUGUUUUUUAUUAGUGUACUUUAUAAAUAAAAUGGAUUGCAUUGCAUUGAAUUGAGUUGCUGCAAUGUGAUUGGCUGAUCAGGUAUUUGCGUUAUCAAGCAAUUAAAAAGGUGUACCUAAUAAAGUGACCUGUGAGUGUAAGUAUUUUCUCCUGACAAAAAAAAUGUCAUCAUGUGGACUUUAUUGUGACACUUUGUGCAGAAAUUGUAAAAACAGGUUGUUUCUUCCCCCCACUCGAACCCUUUUCAGGAAUUUAGAAUUACUGUAUGAAUAUUGUUCAUCUUGAGGAUGGCCUUGUUUGCUUUUUUAUCUCACAAAAAGGCGUGAAUAUGAAUUUCAGUUGAUUUCAUGAACACAAAAAACUUCUCACAUGGUUUAAUUUUGAUGUGAAGUUGAAAGAAAUGAAGCCAAAUAUGUGCUGCGUGUAUAGCUCAGAAAAAAUGAACUGAACCGAUCAUUUGAUUUAGGAUUUUAUAUGUCACUGAUAGUCUGUGUGGCAGUUUUUCCAGAGUCUUGAUGACCCUGUAGACUUUAUUAAAACCUCUAACCAGCUGGGGCCUCGCAAUGGAAGCUAAACUUACAGCACAACUGUAAUCCACCGGUGGAUAGAGUUGAAAAAAGUUGUCAAUCUGCAAACGUAAAGUAGUAGUAGUGGGAGAAAAAGACAGAAUUUUGCAUGUAAUAGGCGAAGGAUUUCUAAAUUUCUCACUCAGCACAUAAAACUGAGACUUUAUUAACAAUCGAACUCAGAGGGAGAAAAGGAGAGAAAAGGAUUUUUGUGCUUUGAAAGUCGCUGACUCAUUAAUCUAAUCAAGCUGUUACAAAAUAAAAGCAAGUUUGAAGCAAGCUGGAGUCAGAUUGUCUCAUGCUCUUAUCAAGAGUGUGCAUAUUCUCUAUUAUCUGCUUCCUCCUUCACUUUCUCGCUUUCCUGCCAGCAGGCCUCUGUGACGAGAUGAGAUCGGUCUUAAAAACAGCGCACACACACAGAAAUGCUUUACUUGAUAUUGAGCUAGUGUUUUUCUCCGGUUAUUCCUCUAUCUUGUCCUUUUAAUCGCCAUUUCUCUCCUAUCUUUUGUGGUCCUUCUGCUCCGUCUCAAUCUCUUUUUCGUUAUUUAAUCUCCAACCUCUGUUUCGUAUCACCAGAUGAAGUGCUGUGGGUGGACUGGUCCAGGAAACUGGUCUGAGAACAACCUGAUCAAGAACAGCACCCUGAACCUCUACUCAUGCUCCUGUCGUGAUCCAAACGUGCCUGGCUCGGAGGUCAAGGAGGUCGGCCUGUGUGAACACAUGUCCACCAAUCUACCUGUUCAUGACACGGUAUAUGGCACUUUAAGUCCGUCUCAUAUCUGAGGAGAAAUUAGUUUGAGCAAAUUCUAGUUGCAAUUUGUCCAGUAGAGUCAAAAGCUGUUUUUUUUUUAACAAUGCAGCAAAUUGUUACCUGUUUCAGUAGCUUUCUGGCAAUAAUCAACUCAAGAGAUCUACUCACCAGCUUUACUUCCUUUGCCUGGAUUGCAGGACAGGAUCUAACAUUCAUAUAUCCUCCAUGUUGAAUCUGUAAUGCUUAUUGAAAGUAAUUUUGCUUAAAUGAGAGUUUAAACAAUGCAGUGAUACAACUUUUCAGGGACGGAAAAAAUAAGCAAUCUUUCUUUAUUGGUAGCAGAGUAUCUUGCAUGUUCGGCAACUGAAACAUACAACAUUAUAGCUUUAGGAAGAACUGUCAACUGUGGACCACACCACCAAAUACAAAAGAAGAUUAGGGCCUCAAAAAGAGAAAAAGAACUACAGGAGGGAGAUUAAAGUCUAAAGUUUAAGAUUAAAGUCAAAAGUUUGAGAUUAAAGUCGAAAUUUCAACAUUAAAAACAUCGAAAUAAUGUCAAUAAAGUCAAAAUUUUGAGAUUAAAAAUUGAAAUUUCAAGACUAUAAAAUGUUGAAAUGUGAAUAAUGUUGAAAUUUUGAGAUUAAAAAAUAAAUAAAUUUUGAAAAAGUAGAAAUUUCAUGAUUAGUCGACAUGAAUAAAGUCAAAAUUUCAACUAUUUUAUAUUUCGACUUUAAUCUCGAAAUCGAAAUUAAAAAAAUCUCUGUCUAGUAAUUAUUCUUUUCUCUUCUUGUGGCCCUAAUCCUAUUUUGUAACUAAAAGAGGUCAAGUACUGGCAAAUGUUCUUACUCUAUGGAAGUCUACAAAACUCUGAGGGACAGUACUUUUUUUCUUCUGUAAAUAAACUCAGAGAAACUGCAGCACUGUCCUCAUGUGACAUAACAUGAUUUAAAAAUGUCUCACUGAGGUUUCCACAGAUUGUAGGGUAGAAGUAAAUGUGAACAAACUCAAGAGUUACUUCAGCUGAGCCGUCGGAGCUGCAGCACGCCUGCAUUGUUCUCCUUCAUGUUACACCUUUCUUCAUUACAUACUUGUGUGUUUGAUUUGUGUUCUGUAACUCUGUCUGCCAGCUCUGUGUGGCACUGUGGUCGCUCUUUUAAUCAGCGCAGUGAAUACAAACCGAGGCGUGUUGUUUGUGCUGUACGAUUUAAUCAAACAUGAGGAAAGCUCCAUUGUUCUGCUGUUUGGUCUGCUUGUUUCAGAAUCUUUUCUCUCUCGCUCGCUCUGAACCCUUUUCUUCAGCUCAGCCGUGUUAUUCUUCCCCUCACUGACUCCGUCCAAAGCCAACAGUUGUGUUUUGAAAAGGCUCUGUUCAUGUCCGGCCGGGAUCACGUACACAUUCAUCUCUGCUCCGCUUGUCAAACUGCCACCCCCCUCUUUCUGUGUCUUUCUUAACCUCCUGUUUCUUCUCUCCUUAUGUUUUCUCCUCCAGGGCUGUAUAACCAGCGUGGAGAAAUGGCUCCUGGACAACUGUGGAGUUAUUCUGGGAAUCUGUGUCGGUGUGGCUGUCAUUGAGGUAUCUGUCUUCCCCCCCAUGCUAGCUUUAAAGGAUGGAUUUGGAUCUUUUUCAGAACGAUCACAGCGGAGGGAAAACAUUCAUGCUGAAAAUUCAAAUCAAAAUAAGGCUUUAGCAAUCUGUUCUCGAGGGCUGGUUUCCAAAAGACAACUCAUGUGAACUUUUGAAAGGUUAGGUGAGAUAAAGAAAAAAACAAUUCAUGUCUUUAAUGUUCGAUAUGAAGCAUGACUGUCCAUCUCACCACCGACUAUUUCACUUUAGUCUUUAUGUCAUCAUUACAUCUCAGUAAGAGAUCCUGAGAGGUGCUUUAAGACAGUUUGUAGUCUUUCAGCCAUAAAGCUUUGCCGACAGUCUCCUGGUAUCAUAGCUAACAGAAAGAGAGAAAAAUGGUUUCAUAUCGAAGACUUCUAAAACUUUGAACAAUUUAUUUGACAACUCACACUGGAUUUCAAAACAAUAGCGACCGACUCAAGUAAUGAAAUGUUUUCCUCCUUGCAAAGUACAUUACUAAACAUUUGGCCUCCAUGGACACACUGUACAGCUCUUGGCCUCAGUUUGAUCACAGUGAAUGAGUUCUAACAAAAAUGAGCUCUCUGAGGAGCGUGUAUAAGUACAGAAAUCAGCAGUUCAGGCCUGAACUGUAAAUGUUUAUUUCUGCUGGCUUGAGGUCAGCCUCAAGAGGAUACUAAAGGAACUCCAUUGGCUUUAUUCUUUGACACAAGCGGUGGCCACUUGCCUCUAAUGUACAUUUUGUGCAAAACCGCUAAUAAUCUUUGUCUACGGUCUUGGGGUUAGAAUUAGGGGAGACUAAAGAAACAGUUUGGUGGAAAUUUUGGCAUGCAUUCUUUUGGCACUUCUCAGACCAAUCAAUCAAUCAAUCAAUCAAGAAAAAAUGACAUGAAUAAGGAAUGGAGCAUUAAUAUCACUAAAAAAAGGAACAAUAAAAGCAGAAAACAAACACACGUGCCAAAUGAUCAUUAUGUAGUCUAAUAUUAGAUUAAAAUCACAAACUUGCUGAAAUUUUUUUAUUAUUAUUACAUUAAGGAAAAAAAUAAAUUCACUUCGAAUUUUAUUUUUAUUCAAGCUGAGUUCAAAUUAAACAAAUUUAAAUGCAAAGCUGGCCAGGGUUGCAAAUUUCAUUCAAUGGGUUUACAUAAACUUCUGAAAAUCGGUUUAUUGCUUUAGUCUGACUAUAACUGAACGUUUAAAAAUCAUUUAAACACAUUAGCAUUCUGCGCAUACUCCAGUGUUCACACAUGUCAAAUAGUCAUGCAUGCGUUGCUAAGGAGCAAGAUAGUAAACAAAACAAAUGAAAGUUUCGAAACAAACAGGACAGAGCUGUAAGAGUGAUCAUGUUUUCAUCAUUUGACAUCCAUCCUCUUAGCUUCUUCUAACGCCUUGAUUUAUGUCAACCAGGAGGCAAACCAAUAAAACCAGAUACUGUAUGUCACUAUCUACCGUAGCAGAGGUGGACACACUUUUGUCAAUAAUUUAACUCUUGCCCAUUUCAUGUGAACUGGGACCAAGACAGUAGUGCAGUUAAAUCACCUUAUUGAGCUCUAACUGUAGCUUGACUGAACUUUGACUAAGUUGUCUCCUCUUUGUCUUCCAGCUCCUCGGGAUGAUCCUCUCCAUGUGUCUGUGCAAGAGUGUCGUCCAGGAGGAUUACACCAAAGUACCAAAGUACUGA